AUGACUGCUGCUAUGACCGCGGGCGAGAUAGACGGGUGGUGCAGAUAUGUAUACUUCAUUGAAGGUCAAUCUUCUGGUGCUGAGCAUUUCGUUCGACACGCUCUUGAAGUUGCGCCAUCUUGCCGUUGCUGUUCCAUCGAGCCGGUCAAUAUGUCUACCUCUCCGACCUCAGACCCGGAGAAGAAGGUGGAAGUCUUCGAUGAAGAUGAUGCUGUGCUCGCGCAGCUAGGGUAUACCCAAGAGUUGAAGCGCAGUUUUGGCCUCGUCGGCAUGGUCGGUUUCUCCUUCAGUAUCGUCACUUCUUGGACGGCAUUGAGUGGCGUACUCAUCAUCGGCGUGGAGACCGGUGGGCCGCCAGUGAUGAUAUGGGGCUGGCUUGCGGUCUGCUUGUUCACGUUGUCUGUCGCAUACUCAAUGGCUGAGAUGUGUAGUGCAUACCCACUUGCUGGCGGACAGUACAGCUGGGUGGCAAUCCUCGCACCUACAAGCUGGGCGAGAGGAUUCUCAUACAUCUGUGGAUGGUUCAUGCUCAUUGGUGUCCUAGCCAUGGGUGCCACCAAUAACUUCAUUGCAACGAACUUUGUCCUCGGCACUGCACAACUCAACUACGGGUUCACGAUCGAGCGGUGGCAUACAGUUCUGGUAGCCUAUCUCGUCACUUUCAUCGCCAUGGCUUCCAAUAUCUUCCUUCCACACAUCUUGAAUAAGCUUUCGAAAGCCAUCCUCGCCUGGAACCUGCUCUCGUUCGUGGUCUGUUUGGUAACCAUACUCGCGACCAACGACCAUAAACAGUCACCGAAAUUUGUGUUCAGUGACUUUCAGAACUUCACUGGUUGGACACCACCAUAUGCUGUUGUUCUUGGUCUUCUCCAGAGCGCUUAUGGCAUGUGCUGUUACGAUGCGCCCGCUCACAUGACAGAAGAAAUUAAGAACGCUCGUAAGCAGGCACCUCGUGCAAUCAUCAUGGCCGUAUACAUGGGCUUCAUCACUGGCUUCAUCUGGCUCAUUGCAUUGAGCUUCUGCAUUGGCGACCUCGACACCACUGCUACCACAGCGACGGGUGUACCCGUCAUCGAGAUCAUCUUCAACUCUACCGGAAGUGUGGCAGGCGCCUCGGUGCUAUCUUCGAUGAUAUCUGUCAUCUGCUUAGUAGCUUCGAACUCGCUGAUGGCUGAAGGCUCGAGAUCAGUGUACGCCUUUGCGCGAGACCAAGGAAUGCCGUUCUCGGACCUGCUGAGCAAGGUCUCUUCGAGAAGUGUCCCAGUGUAUGCCGUAUUGUUGACGGGCAUCGUACAAAUUGCUUUUAACUCCAUCUAUUUCGGAACAGUGACUGGCUUCAACACUAUCGUCGCCAUCGCCACUCAAGGAUUUUACCUAUCCUACGCCAUGCCAUUGCUCGCUCGAAUCAUCGCCCACUUCUCCGGCAAAAAGACGCGACUUGAGGGCUCUUACUCACUCGGUCGGUACGGCAUUCUGCUGAACAUCAUCGGCUUCCUGUUCCUAGCUUUCAUGUGCAUCAUCUCGAACUUCCCCAGUGCUACGCCGGUGAAUAGCGAGAACAUGAACUACACUUCGGCCGCGACGGGCUUGAUUAUGCUGCUGAGUGCUAUAUUUUGGUUUACGACGGGGAGGAAGAAGUUCACGGGUCCGGAGAGUGGACAUCUGCUGGAUGUCGUCACCUAG